CCAAAUAAUAUAGUACUUAAUAUUGAGGAUGAAAGUAUAUUUGGUAACUUCUAUCAAGUUAACACCAAGGUGUAUAUUGGUGGAAUGCCAUUCACACUUCAAGUGGACACUGGAUCUUCAUUGAUGGCAGUGCCCAUGAUUAACUGUACAGCAUGUAGAGUUAAGCGACCAACUUAUGAUCCAAGUACCUCGCAGACCUCAUCACCUAUUCGAUGUGGUGAUUCAACAUGUCUUGGAUCAGGCAGUUCUCAACCACCAUGCAAGUUCCAAGCCAGUGGUUCAAUGUGUGACUAUCAAAUACUGUACGGUGAUGGUUCACUAGUGUCUGGAUAUGUACACCAAGACCUGGUGACAAUCUCUGGUCUGUCGGCCUUUGUCCAGUUUGGUGCCAACAAGAUAGAGAGAGGUGAUUUCGAGUGGCCAAGAGCUGAUGGUAUCGUUGGUUUCGGUAGAGAUAUAUUUGCAAUGUUAUUGGACUAUCAAGGAGGAGGUAAACUUACAUUGGGUGACUUGAACCCUGACAACUAUGAAGGUGAUAUACUCUACACACCAAUCUCACAGAAUGGACCAUUCUAUUCGAUUAGACCAAUUGGACUGGGCAUUGACCAUCAAGAGUUCAGUCCAAGACUGUUGGGACAGACCAUUGUGGACAGUGGUAGCAGUGCACUAUCAUUGGCAAGUGGUGCUUACGAUAGUAUUGUCCUAUACUUUAAGACACACUACUGUCACGUACCAGGUAUCUGUGAGAAGAGUAACAUCAUUGAUGGAUCAACAUGUUAUAAUAGUGCAUCAUUUAUCGAUCAGUUACCAAACAUUAACAUAACAUUCGAUGGUGGCGUUCAAGUAUCGAUUCCACCAAGAAACUACAUUAUCAAGACAAUGAUGGGCAAUCAUCAGUCUGCCUAUUGUUGGAUGAUCGAUCGUAGUGAUCAGUACACUACUAUUCUAGGUGAUGUAUUCAUGAGAGGAUAUUAUACAGUAUUUGAUAAUGACAACAACCGAGUUGGAUUCGCAUUGGGCAAGGGAUUGGGAGGCAACAUGGCUUCGGUAGGUGGAGGAUACAACAUUGACAACUCGUCAUCAACACGCCUGCUGAUACCAUCCGUUCAUUUGUUAAUCGUUGUCCUCUCCAUCACCAUUUCCACAUUAUAUUACGCUGGUCGU